CUUUGACACUUACUUUACAACGUUAUGUGAUGUGAUGUGAAAAUAUUCGUUUUUGUUCGUGUAUAAUAAUUUGACUAUUUUUUAAAAAAUGACCGACAAUUCUUCAGAGAAUAAAUCACCGUUAAUAUCAACAGACAGUAAAACCGUGUUUAUUGACUUCGAUAGAAAUACAAAGUUACAUCUUGCCGCUGCAUUGGGAGAUACUGAAGAGGUAUUGAAGGAAGUGCAAAAUGGACACAAGAUUGACAUUACAAAUUACUUAGGGUGGACACCUUUAAUGAUGGCCGCUAGACAUGGUCACAUCGAAAUUGUUAAAAUUCUUAUCGAAAAAUUGGCUGAUUCGACAAGAAAAAAUAAAUUUGGAUGCAGUAUUUUCCACAUGGCCAUCGCGAGUGGAAAAUUAGAAUUGGUGGUAUUAAUUUUGCAACAUCUUUUACGCGGAGGUGUUACAAGAAAAAGCAUGGAAGGCUUUCUAUCUCCAAUUUCACUCGCUAUUUUGUUUAAUCACAAACCCAUUGUACAGUGUUUAAUCGAUCAGACGUUCAAUGUUAAUUCAGAAACUAUUAAAACAGAAAUAACACCAAUUAUGUUUGCUGCAGCUACAGGAAAUUUCGAAAUGUUCAAUUAUUUAACAUCAAAAGGUGCUGUUACAGAUCCUAAUACAGUGGGUGUAAAACUAAGCGAAAUCUUUAAAAUGAAACAUUUCGAUGAUUGCCCGGCAAACCAUCAAAAUCACGCUCCUUCCCCGAUAUUAAUAAUUCAUCCCCCUAUUCAAGCGGUUAUGCCGCAUCCUCCCCAAUUUCCCCUCUCUACACAUAAUCUUUACCCCCCUAUGGUGGGACUACCACGUAAAUCUUCCGACUUUGAAUCACCUUGUUUUAUGAGUCCUAAUGUGAGUCCUGUGACACCCCUAACUCCCACAUUUCGUCCCACCUAUCUUCCUAGUUAUGCAACACCGCAAGUAUUUUUCCCACCCGAAUUUUCUCCAGUCAAUUUUGUCAGUCCUUGUCAAAAUGUUUCUCAAAAUAGCGAUUUUUUAAACAGACGUUUACAUCAGACUACUUUUCUAUAUACAUUUCCUCAAUUUUCGCCAGUCAAUAAUCAAUAUUAAUAAGUAUAUUUAAGUGUAGACAUUAAAUUAUUAUAUGUAUAAGGGUAUAUUUGAAAUGA